AUGGGUGACUGGAACUUGUUGGGGAAGCUGCUGGAGAGCGCCCAGGAACACUCCACCGUUGUGGGCAAAGUCUGGCUGACGGUGCUCUUCAUCUUCCGCAUCCUGGUGCUGGGAACCGCCGCUGAAAAGGUGUGGGGCGACGAGCUGUCCGGCUUCACCUGCGACACCAAGCAACCUGGUUGUCAGAACGUUUGCUAUGACAAGACGUUUCCCAUUUCUCACAUCCGCUUCUGGGUGAUGCAAAUCAUCUUUAUCUCCACGCCGACCCUCAUUUAUCUGGGCCACAUCCUUCAUCUGGUCCGCAUGGAGGAAAAGGAAAAGCAGAAAGAGAAGGAUCUCGACAUCCAAAGCGAAAAGCAGCAGCAGAUGCUUGACAGAAAGACAAAGAAGGCCCCAGUUAAGGACAACCAGGGACAUGUGCGUUUGCAAGGCGCGUUGCUGCGAACCUACGUCUUAAACAUCGUUUUCAAGACCCUGUUUGAAGUGGCCUUUAUUGUUGCUCAGUACUUCCUGUACGGCUUUGAGCUCAAGCCGAUGUACACCUGUGACCGCUGGCCUUGCCCCAACGUGGUGAACUGCUACAUCUCCCGACCCACCGAGAAGACGAUCUUCAUCCUCUUCAUGCUGGCGGUGGCCUGUAUCUCCCUGCUGCUCAACCUGGUGGAAAUGUACCACCUUGGGUUCACAAAGUGCCACCAGGGCCUCCGCUACAGACGAUCGCAGGCUGCAAUGGAGGCCGCCAGGCACCUCAGUGAGCCGGUCAUGCCCUUCGUGCCGAGCUACACCUACUUUGCCGGUCAUCCUGUGGUGCCCGAGCCCUUCCCCGCAGACUCAAAGUACGGCAUAGUAGAGCCAAACUCUGCUUACAGCCCCUACAACAGCAAAGUGGUUUACAAGCAGAACAGAGACAAUAUGGCCGUGGAGAGGAAAGGGAAAUCGGAGGAGGAGAAUGGGAGUGAGAGGAAAACCUUCACUCCUGCCAUUGAGAUGCCCGUUGAAAACCAGCGCAGAAACAGUCAGUCGAGCAAGCACAGCAACAACAAGAGCAGGCUGAACGACCUGAAGAUCUAG